AGCCAUUUUGAUUCGGCUGCCCUCGUUUUCCGACGCCGACGCGCGCGUCCCAGUUUUGCGGCGAUGGUGCUGGUGGAUUCGCUGAUCAUCUCCUCCAGUCUCAUUGGGCUGGUGGCAGCCUUCUAUCAGUUCACCGUCAUCCAGAAGAUCUCGCUGACCCCGGCUGGGGGGUUGGAGCAGAAGUUGAAGGAUGAUGCGCCGGAGAAGUUGGUGCCCGAGAUCUACGAGAAGAUCAUGAACGGCGCGAAGCAGUUCCUCCGAGUGGAGUACAUGAUUUGCACCGCCUUCUGCAUUGUCUUCUCUGUGGUGAUCUACUUGCUGGUCGCCUGGGGAACCAAGAGCGGCACCCAGGGCCUUCUGACCGCCUCGGCCUUCUUGACCGGCGCCUUCACCUCCAUGCUCUGCGGCUUCCUGGGCAUGAUGAUCGCCACCUACUCCAACGCCCGAACCACCUUGGCCUGCGCCAACAGCGGCUUCACCCUGGGCUUCAACACCGCCUUCCGCGGGGGCGCCGUCAUGGGCUAUGCCCUGUGCUCGCUGGGUGUGCUGGUGCUGUGGAUCCUCCUUACCGUCUUCCGCAAGGUCUACCCGCACGUGGAGGACUGGGAGAUCUUGUUCGACUGCGCGGCUGGGUACGGCCUUGGGGGCUCCACCGUGGCGAUGUUCGGGCGUGUGGGCGGGGGCAUCUACACCAAGGCGGCGGAUGUGGGCGCUGACCUGGUGGGCAAGGUGGUGGCUGGACUGGACGAGGAUGAUCCCAACAACCCGGCGACCAUCGCGGACAACGUGGGAGACAACGUGGGGGACAUCGCGGGCAUGGGCGCGGACCUCUUUGGCUCCUUCGCAGAGAGCACCUGCGCCGCGCUGGUGAUUGCGGCCGCAGCAGUUGAAGGCAGCAAGGACACCCUCUUCGAAGCGGGCUGGAACGCCAUGCUCUUCCCCGUGUCCAUCUCCGCCGCAGGCGUCGUGAUUUGCAUCCUGUGCGGGAUCUAUGCCACGAACAUCAGGCCAGUCAAGGAGGAGAAGGACAUCGAGUGGGUGCUGAAGCUCCAACUUGUGCUCACCGCCAUCAUCAUGCUGCCGGUCAUCUACUUGUUGGCUCUGCACUUGUUGCCUGCGGAGUUCCGCUUGGAAGGUGUGCGUCUGGAUGAGCAUGGCUAUCCGGCGAAGAUCCAUGGCAGUCCCUUCAAGUGCUUCAUCUGCGCUACCAUGGGAUGUCUCGGCGGUAUGAUCAUCGGCCUCGUCACGGAGUACUUCACCUCCCACUCCUACGUCCCCACCCGGGAGCUGGCCAGCGCCUGCAAGUUCGGCACUGCGGUGAACAUCAUCCAGGGUUUGGCGCUGGGCUACAAGAGCUGCAUCAUCCCCGUCUUCGUGCUCGCCUCCGCCAUCUUCGUGUCCUUCCAGCUUUGCGACCUCUACGGCAUCGCCUUGGCGGCCCUGGGCAUGUUGGCCACCCUGGCCUGCGGUUUGACCAUCGAUGGCUUUGGGCCCAUCUCCGACAACGCCGGCGGCAUCGCAGAGAUGGCCCUCUUCAACCCGGAGGUGCGUCGGCGUACGGAUGCCCUGGACGCUGCGGGAAACACCACGGCGGCCAUCGGCAAAGGAUUCGCCAUCGGCUCGGCGGCCUUGGUGUCCCUCGCGCUGUACGGCGCUUUCGUGAUCCGUCUGCGGGUGAAGACGGGGGUGAACAUCUUGGAGCCAACGACAUUCUCCUUCCUCAUCAUCGGGUGCAUGAUCCCCUACUGGUUUGCAGCGUUGACCAUGAAAUCUGUGGGGAAAGCGGCCGGCGAGAUGGUGAUGGAGGUGAAGAGGCAGUUCAGCCUCAAGGACUCCAAGGGCAAGACCUUGCUGGACGGCUCCACGGAGCUGAAGCCGGACUCCAUUAGGUGCAUUCAGAUCUCCACUGAGGCGUCUUUGAAGGAGAUGGUGGCUCCAGCCUGCCUGGUGAUCUUGUCCCCUCUGCUGGCGGGCACCUUCUUCGGUGUCCAGGCGGUGUUCGGGCUGCUGACGGGGUCCCUGGGCAGCUCUGUGCAGUUGGCCAUCUCCAUGUCGAACUCCGGGGGGGCCUGGGACAACUGCAAGAAGUACAUCAAGAACGGCUUCUCGGACGACCCGGAGCUGCGAUACACCAAGAACCCGAAGACCCCGGAGGAGAUCGCGGCGGCGCCGAAGGCGAAGGAGGCCCACGAUGCGGCGGUGCAGGGCGACACCGUGGGGGAUCCCUUCAAGGACACCUCCGGACCCGCCCUGAACAUUGUCAUGAAGCUUCAGGCCAUUGUGUCCCUGGUCUUCGCCGCCUACUUCCAUGCCAUUGCGGACGGCAAGGGCCUGGUGGGCGGCUUCAUGACAGGCCUCGCAGACUAAGUCAGGGAAGCAAAGCAUUGAACGAGUUCGAUUAGCUCAAUGCGCGAUGCGAGUUGCGCGCUGACGGGGAGCUGGAGCCAAGGGACGCGGAGGAUUGGGUCCCG